AUGGAGAAAUCAGAUCUGGGCUUACCAUUGCAGUCUCGUAUAGCGUCCCUGGUUCAUGCCCAUUUCGAUGGCUUGCCUAGUCGCAGUAAGCCGACGGUGCGGCCUGAUGGGACGAAGGAGUGGAUUCCCAUGUCCGGAAUCGUGAUAGUGAAAGGCGAGAAUACAUCCUCGGAAAAGCUGACCUGCGUGGCUGUCACUUCCGGAGCAAAAUGUCUUUCUGCAUCCCAAGUUCCCAAUGGCAAAGGCCUCGUGCUGCAUGACUGGCACGCGGAGAUUCUUGCCCUGCGGGCAUUCAACUACUGGCUCCUCUGCGAGUGUCGCAGCGUUCUAGCAAAUGAACGACAUCAAGGUCACUCAGAUGAGAUCACGGGACCAUCAACCUCAUCAACAACAUCCCCUUACCUCCGUCGCCGACAGCAGAACCCACCUGAACAACUCUCAUCCCCGCAACCCCCAUUUGAACUGCACCCCGACAUCACAAUUUACAUGUAUUGCACCUGUGCUCCCUGCGGCGACGCCAGCAUGGAGCUCUGCAUGGCUGCACAAGACGACCCAACGCCAUGGGAGAUCAACAAUCCUUCAAACAAGGACCUCAAUCCCGCCUCCGACUCCAACGACGACACCCAAGAGCAAGAGCAAGAGCCCACGCUCCUAGACGGACGAGCCCAUUUCUCCCGUCUAGGCAUCGUCCGUCGCAAACCCGCGCGCGCCGACGCCGACGCCACCCUGAGCAAAUCCUGUUCAGACAAGCUAGCUCUCAGACAGAUCUCGUCGCUGCUAUCCUUCGAGACGAGCCUGCUUGUUGCGCCGACAGAGUCGGCGUACCUGGCCGGUGUGAUUCUCCCCGAAAAGGAAAUCAGCCAUGUUGGGUGUCAGCGGGCGUUCAGUGACCAGGGUCGAUUGAAGGAUUUAACGGGCCGAUUUUGGCCUCUUGAUGGUGGUGGUGAGGGUGAUGAGGAACCUAAUCCGGAGAGAUCUGGAUACCGAUUUCGACCGUUUCAAGUCCUCUCGAUACCGGAUGAGCAGUACGAUUCGCUCUGGGAGUUUGGGAAGACUCAGGCCCGCCCCAUCUCAUCUGACGAGGUCGAGGUGGAAGUGCAAGAGAAGCGCAAGCCCGGGAUCAUCUCGGCAAUUUGGACGACAGCACCGUCAGCUCCGAUUCCCAGUCCAGGAGCGCCAGCAGCUGUAGACGCCAGUGUGAAAUCGCUGCCCGUCCUUCGAGGAUCCAAGACGGGUCUGUACGAGAAUAUCAUCAACGGAGUGAAGCAGGGGAAUAAGGCCUCUGCGCCUCUAGCUCGUGGAGCGUCGGCACUGUCCCGUGCAAAGCUAUGGGGAGUUUGGAGAGAGAUUGUCCGGGUUUCUUAUCCGGAACCUGCUAAUGAAGAAGUCAAUGCGAGCGAGCAAAAGGGGAAGCUAGAGGAGCUACUUGUCCCGACGGGGAUUGUCGAGGCCGCUACGUAUCGAGAGUUCAAGAAGACUCCCGCUGCAGAGACGGUGGCCAUCAUGGCGCGAAGAUCGGCGAUACAGGAGGCGAAGAGAGUCCUCGGGGGUUGGAUAUCCAAUGUAGAUGAUGCAGGCUGGGGAUUGGAUGUUUUGGUUGAUCCAAAGAAGCGAAAACGAUGA